CGGCCGCUCCUCUUGGGGCCGGCGGGCUCGGCGGCUUGGGCGGCCCGCCUGGGGCUCCAGCCGAAGCCGACACCGCGGCGGCCCCUCAGCGGCACCGGCUGCUGCUGCCUCGUCCUCCGACGCCGGCCCGGCAGCAGUGGCAGUGUCGGGAUCGCCGGGGACGGACUGUGGGGUUUCUCCCGGGCGCUGGGCACCCACCCCAAGAAGGAGCCCAUGGAGACGCUCAACACGGCGCAGGGAGCCCGCGACUUCAUCUACAGCCUGCACGCCGCCGAGCGGAGCUGCCUGCUGCGGGAGCUGCACCGGUUCGAGUCCAUCGCCAUCGCCCAAGAGAAGUUGGAGGUUUUGCCACCAUCCACUGGGCAGCUGAAACAUGUGUUUUUCCAUAAUGCAGUACCUUUUGUAGGGUUUGGAUUUUUGGAUAAUGCAAUUAUGAUUGCUGCGGGCACACAAAUAGAAUUAUCAAUAGGAGUUGUCCUUGGAAUUUCUACUAUGGCAGCUGCUGCCUUGGGAAAUCUUGUUUCGGAUUUAGCCGGAUUGGGCCUUGCAGGCUAUGUUGAAGCUAUUGCCUCCAGAAUGGGCCUCUCCAUUCCUGAAUUAACGCCCAAACAAGCUGACAUGUGGCAAACACGUCUUAGUGCACACUUGGGUAAGGCCAUUGGAGUGGCUAUUGGCUGCCUUUUAGGAAUGUUUCCAUUGUUCUUCUUUAAAGAUGACGAAGAAAAAAAACUGGAAGAGAAAAAUUAACCUUUUUACAAAUGCUUAUAAAAAUGUAAAAUAAUGUACCUCAGUUAUACAGUUACGCUGUCAAAAAUAUUUAGGGUUUAGCAGACAGUAAUGUUGUAUAGAAUGGGGAACAAAACCGCAUGCUGUUUCAUGGAAACACUAACUUAUUGUGUGGCUUUGUCUUAGUACAUCUUUUUAUAAGGGUUUUUUCCUUUUUUAAAAAUGUAAACUGUUGAUUUGUGUUCUACCUACACUGGCCAUUGACGUUGACCAUUUUCCCUCUCUGCUGCGAUCUUUGGCAAGUACUUAUUACACUAAUGGCCUACCAUCCACGUACUGUAUGGUUUUGGGGUUUGCAUAUUUCCUUAGCAAUUGUCAAACGCAUGACACAAGUUGCCGUCGCUGCUCAUCAGACUUUCCGUUCCAGACUUUCAAUGAAGUUGGGUGAAAGCGGGCUCCAGGACUUUAUACCUUCGCUCUCCUGAUGCUCUUAAUUUUCCCUGGGCCACUGGCUUUGCAGCAUGUGCCCAAAACAAGAUCCAACUAAACAAAAUAUCGCUUGAAGUAGGGUUUUUUUUUGGCUAAGAUAUUUGUUGGAACAGUUAACUGUGGAGACUCUUCAGCUUCGUACAGAUAAGUCACUAUUUCAGGUGUCGCCUCUCUCAGAAUUCCAUAGCUAAGAAUCAUAAUGGCACCAUGGAUCAAGGAAUUGUAAAAGUUGAUCUCAUUUAGUAACGUACAAGCAAGGCAAUUGGGAAAUUGGAGUAUGUCCAGUAGCUGGAUUUGGGAACCUAUGCAAAAUAUCUUGCUUCUUUGGCAACUCCUGGCAAAGUUUGCUCACUUGUCUUUCCUGUACUGAGCUCUGUCCCCCAAUUUAUAUUUGCCACAAGGUUUUUGAAAUUGGUGUUGAUUGGGGAGUUUUUUCCGCCAUCUUUCCCUGUCUUGUUUGGAAGGACAAGGAAAUAUGGCAGCAAAAACUCCCCAGUUGUUGCAUUGUCCACUUUUUGCAUUGCCCAGAUCUUUUUAUAUAUUGACUUGGAAUCUGACCUCCAUCAGCAUAAAGAUCCUCUGGUUUACUGAAGAGAGCUUGUGUUUGUGUAUUGUGCUCACUUAAAGGUGAACGUGGAACAUGUACAGCAUAAUGUGCUAGGCACUUAAUUUAGAUAUGGUAUAAGCGUUGGAGAUAAGAGUGAUAUAAAAUUGAGUCUUGAAUUGAUGGUGUGAAAUAGGUUUCGGGUUCCAUCUCCUGGGUGUUUCCUGCUUAAAGUAACAAACCUGCUUUAGGAACUCAAAGGAUGAUCUCGGUGACGUUCUUUCUGAUACUUACUGGGGAAGAAUGCUGGUCUGGAUUUGUCUUGGGCAUCUUUGUCUAAAUUUGUCUACAUCUGGAUGAGUGGAUCUCAUUCGCAGAAUGUAAUUCGCACAAAUAAACUUGUCUACUUUUCAUUUAUUAGGACAUAAGGGUUUUCUUUCCUUAUUGGUUUGCAGUCAUAUGCAGUGUUCAAUAAAUAUCCAAUGUAGCAUUUAUGUGGAACUUUUGUAGAACUGCUGUGCUGUGAUUGAUGACUGACCAAGUAUCCACCUUUUUGAACAUACAACUGACAAUUAGCAUAAUUAGAACUGAAUAAUCUGGCUGUAAAGAAAAGGUAGGUCCUUCUGCUGCAUGAACACAUGAAGCUGUCUUGCACUGAGUCAGACCAAUGGAUGAUCAAGGUCAGCAUUAUCUUCUCACAUUGGUAGUACAUCUCCAGGGUCUUGGGUCAAGGUCUUCCAUAUCACCUACCAUGUACCUUUUAACUGGAGAUGCAUGGAAUUGAACUUGGGAUCAACUUUGUGCAAAGCAGAUGCUCUACCACCAAGCCAAAAUCCCCCUUUCAUGUGUUGUAUGACACUUUUAGUUUGGUAUCCUAGGUUUUUCAUCAUAUAGGCAGGCGUUACAGUAUAAAACUAUGGGGUUUUUCUUGUUCCUGUGAAUGGGUGUUCAGUAGCUUCUCUUCCCCAUCUGUCAUGAGCAUGUUGCCUUAUGCGCUGUCACACUCGAGGUACAACGCACAGCAGGUCACACCGAAGCUGGUGGGACCUCUGAAUAAGCACAAUAAAUUGACUGUUAAUUCUGAUUAUGCUGUAGUUCAGCUUCAGAAUGUUGGUUCUUGACCUGUGACUCCAACAAGUGGUACAAAUGCUGUUGGUGCCCGAUGUUGCCAACUGACCAAGGGAAAAGCUGGGUUGCCUUGUUCUUCAUCUGUAGAGACCAGCAGGUGAAGCUUUCCAUGGCACAGAGAUGGGAGGUGUCCAUCUGCUAGGAUCUACACAUCAUGCUGCUGUUACAGUUUCAAGAGGUCAUUCAAAAAACUGACAUCCCAAUGCGUACCUAGCAAAAGUAUCUAUUUAACAAGGUGGAGUAUUUCAAACGUACUUUCGAGUUGACAGUAUCAACAUUUAUUUACAAGUAUAACAAACAGGGCUGAAUUUCGAUUAUUUUAAUCCCACAGUUCUAAAUCAAAGGCAUAUUACAAGAGCUAAAUAGCUUGGUGACAAAGUAACGUGCCUUAAGGAUUAUAAAACCGUUUUACUCCCCACCAUCCCUCCAAGGAGCUCAGGGUGGCAUACAUGGGUCUCUCCCCUCCAUUGUAUCUUCACAACGACCCUUUGAGACAGGGUAGGCUGAGGGUCAGUGGCUGGCCUAAGGUAACCUAGUGAGUUUCAUGGCAAGAGUAGGGAUUUUAACCUGGGUGUCUGAAAUCUUAGUCCAACAGGAACCAUCAUGCACACUGGUUCCUUGAUCUUCUGCCCAUGCCAACAGUUUAUGCACAUUUUCUGCCCCAGGCCAUAAGGUGAACUGGAAAACACCCACCCUCUGCCCCUUCAUUAGAAUACCUUGUAGCGGAAUAUAACUCAAUUUAGUAAUACUUGGGGAUAGUAUACCUUUUCAGGGUCAAAUUAGGUACUUGGUAGACCCAAAGAAUCUGAGAAUCAGAACGUCUAAAGUGGUGAAUGGAAGGUUUGAUCUGGGGUAGAGAAGUAGGAGGCACUGUAGACUUCACCUCAAACAACUUUUCAGCAUUUUUUGUCUCCAGCCAUAUUUCUUUAGCGGUGUUUGUGUUCCAGGAGCACAUUUUGCCGUUGAUGAAAAAAAAUGCACACUUCACCCAGGAAUUUAUGUUUUCCAAUUUCAACAGAUUGCCAUAUUAAGUGCUGAGUGUAGAAUUAUUUGAACUGCAACUUGUACCGAAUCAACUUUCUCAGCUAUAGAUCUGCUUUAUGUCUUUUUCAGAAUUGUCUUAACGUCCCUAGUACAUAUUGUAUUUGAUACAAGGAUACCCUAUUAUUUAUUGCCUGGAUAUAGGUACAAGAAGUAGCUAGGACAAAACAACUUUACUUGUCUUGACAGAUGGACUAGAACACUCAUCCUAGUUUACACUUUGUUAAGUUGAGCACCAGAGCAAAAAACAGCCAAAUGCCGUCAUCUGCGAUAGUUCUGAUUUUUCAAAACACAGUAUCAAGUCCCUUUUAGUAAUGUUUUUUGGCCUGUGCAUGUAAAUUUGGUGAAUUUUGUUAAUGUAUGUCAAACUAUUGUACUGCAACCACUGUUUUUAACAAGAACAUAUAAAGAGAACGAUCUUAUAAAAACGAGCUU